ACAGUGUCUCUCCGUCCCGCUGGCUUUGGAAGGAUUACCGCGGCGGGCUGGUGGGGGUACGAAUCACACCGUUACCGCCGUCGGUCGGUUGUUCCAGCAGCAGAGGUGGCAGCGAGUGGGAGCCGUGAUGGCAUGUAAAGCACCGACGACGUUAACGGACAACCGUAAACUCUAAAUGUGAGGACAACGAAACCGGGAGACCCAGUUUGAGUCCCGAGAUUAUGUCCGGAGCUUUUUGUGCUGCUGUCGAGAAAACUUUACCGGGAGUAGGAACACUCUUACACCAACGUCAACAUGGCGGAGCGCAGCGCUUGCGAUGCAAACAUCCUCAGCAUCCCGGUGCCGAUGCGCCGCGGCGGCUCCGAGUCCAACCUGGACGUGGUGGACAGCGUUGGGGAUGACGGGGUGGGUCUGGACUUCACAAAGGGAGCGCUGGGUAUCGACAGCCUGCAGCAGAAGAUCCUCAAGGUGACGGAGCAGAUUAAGGUGGAGCAGACGGCUCGGGACCAGAACGUGGCGGAGUACCUGAAGCUGGUGAACAACGCCGACAAGCAGCAGGUGGGGCGCAUCCGCCAGGUGUUUGAGAAGAAGAACCAGAAGUCUGCACACACCAUCGCCCGGCUCCAGAGGAAGCUGGAGCAGUACCACCGGCGCGUGAAGGACAGCGAGACCAACGGGAAGCAAAGCCACAAGGACGGCAGCAGCAAGGAGUCCGGGACGCACAGCAAGGAGGGCAGCCUGCGGGACGUCAGCGCCACGGGACGCCACCCCACGCUCGAUAAAGUGAAGACAAUCGGGCCCGGUGUGUCGCUCUCGCCGCCGUUCUUCUUCAACAAGUCGAGGGAGAUCGCCAACCUGAUCAGGAACAAGUUUGGCAGCGCCGACAACAUCGCCCACCUCAAGAGCUCCAUGGAGGUGGGGACGGGUCUGCAGGUGGACGGGGCGUCAAGAGGGCUGAGCGGCAGCGCCACCACCGUAGGCAAGACGAGCAAGUACCAGAGCGACGACGAGUGCUCCACGGGGACGUCUGGCUCUGCCGACUCUAACGGGAACCAGGCCGGAGGCUCCGGGGCCGGGUCCGGAGGGCCAGGGAAGUCGGACUCUAACGGGAGGCUAGGGGAGGUGCUGGACAUGGUGCGGGAAAUCAGGGAGGCGCAGACACAGCUGGCAGAGGACAUGGAGACUCUGAACACACAGUUCAAACGAGAUUACAGCUACUUCUCACAGACGAUGCAGGAGGAGAGGUACAGGUAUGAGCGGUUGGAGGAUCAGUUAAAUGACCUGACGGAGCUACACCAGCAUGAGACCAUUAAUCUGAAGCAGGAGUUGGCCAGUAUCGAGGAGAAGGUUGCCUACCAGGCCUACGAGAGGGCCAGGGACAUACAGGAGGUGCUGGAGUCUUGCCAGACUCGUGUUUCUAAGCUGGAGCUGCAGCAGCAGCAGCAGCAGACGGUUCAGGUUGAGAACACUGACGCCAAAGUGCUGCUGGGAAAAUGCAUCAACAUCAUGCUGGCUAUUGUCACUGUCAUCCUGGUGUGCGUCUCCACUGCGGCCAAGUUCACCGCCCCGCUGCUUCGGAGCCGCCUCCACCUGGUGUUCACCUGCGUGGGCGUGUCAAUGUUGGCGCUGCUGUGGAAGAACUGGGAACAUUUACAGUGCGCUUUGGAACGAUUGCUCCUCCCGCACUGAGACAGAAAGCUCACCAGGGAAGAGUUUACAUGUAGCCUUACACCAGUUCCACAGAGAUGCUGGGCUCCACGGUGAUUUGAUUUGAGGCUGCCGUGCUUUGCAUGUCUUAAUGGGGUCGAAAAGAGCCUUUCCCAGAAUACACCUCCUCUUUGUCGACAUAAAAGUGCACCACUACGGUCCACUGAAAGAUGAAUUGGCUGGGAUUGAUCUCUGGUCAUCAGAAGAUUCUGGAUCGUGGAAAGAACAGAUAUUAAAAUCUAAAUAUAGACGAGUUCAUUGGUGCAUGGAAAUACAGUGAUAUAUUUCCCGUACUUAAAGGGAAGUGUUUCUGUUACAGCACCAUCUCAUGUCUCCUGUAAACAAACACUGUCUUGAACUUACACAACAGCCAGCUGGGAAGCCACCUGAAGGUUGAUUUGUACUGUUUGCUCUCCUGUUUUCUGUAUUUAUGUCAUGUCAAAAGGACAUUUUUAACCUUGUGUUUGAAACUUUCUUUGUGUCUGUCUCUGAGUGUGCGUUCGUGUACUGUACAGUGCUUUUGUGUGUCUACACUGUGUUUCAAAUGUUGUGGAAUAUUUGCUUUCUUGGUGAGAGUUUGGUUGGAAUAUUAAAACCAUUCAUGUCUAAAUAUGGAGCUGGAAGAGAUAAGCUUAGCAUUCAGGCAAUGUAAAGGGCUUUAUAAUACUGAACAUGAAAUAUUAAGUAUUUAGAGUCAAAAGACAAUAAAAACAGAAAGGGAGAAAGGCAAAAUGAAAGCGCUAGGAAGAUUUGGUGACCUUAGGACAGAGCUAGGCUAGCUGUUUCCACCUGUUACCAGUCUUUAUGCUAGGCUAAGCGUCUGCAGGUUGAUGCUCAAUUUUUACAAACAUUUGGAGUGGUUUCGAUCCUUUCAUGUAGCUCUCUGCAAGAAAGCUAAUAAAAAAAAUGUUCUUAAAUGUCUGUUCCUUUUUAAAAGAAAGCUUUUAAGCUGCCUCCUCUCUUGUUGAUUUAAUGCUUUGGGGUUCCUUCAUGUAAAAGUCAGUUUUACGUUGACUCGCUUUACUCCAAAGACUGCAGAUUUAGCAUCGACCAGCUAGCAAGUAAACUGAGAGGAAGACCGAGAUGGAAGAAAGUAAAGCUCCAAAUGUGAGCAUGUUUGACCUUUUUAUUAAAUUGCCUUUUCUUUCGGCAAACAGAACAAAUUAACUUUGGUAUGAAGCCUUUGAUGCUAUGCUGUGUUCAAGUCCAGAGGGAAAUACAACUGCAACAUCCUGAAGGUUCAAAGUCCUGACUUGAAAGAUUCACACCUGUUGAAACUUGUUUUUUUCAGAGGAAGCUUUAGUGAUUACUACGAUCACAUUGUAAUUACUCACAUUAAUUGCUUUCAGCUUUUUCACACUUGACUCCUUCGCUCAGCUGGAAAAUGAUUGAGUAGAGAUGAAACAAGCACAGAAGGUUCAGGCCGUGCCAUGAUAUCUAAGAUAAAUUCAUUGUAAUGACUUGAAGGAAAAGGUUGAUUAGUCGACUUAUUGAUAAUUGAAACAUCAGGAAUAAAAAACCCUUAAUGUUUUGAUAUUUAAUUCAUCGUAUAACUGACAAAAAUGGCAGAAAAUGCUGUUUUCUGCAACUCAAAUAAGGAGAUUUCCUGCUUUUAUCUAUUUUAUGUCAUGAUCAGGUGGAUAUCUCUGGGUCUAGUUUGACAAAACAAGACCCUUUUUUUUUGCAAUUUUCUGACAUUUUAUUUAACCAACAAAUUAAAAGAUUAUGAAAAUAAACAUUAACAGCCCAAAUUGGAAUUAGUUUGUCAGUUUUUGCACUAAAAUAUUGAAAUAUCAGUAACUUCCUAAGCAUCAUUUACCAUUUUAAACAUGAGUUGGUAUUCAACACCGUCAGUGACUGUUUUCCCAUGAGACCUGAGUGCGGCUUCACAGACUAGACAGUGGAAACUGAACACUGUAGCUCCGUGCUCUCUAACCCUGUUUCACUGUGAUGAUGAAAUGGGAUUGGUGAGUUUUUAUUGCAGUUUAUUUUCUUCUUUUUGUAUUCUGUUUGCUUCUCUUCAAGAGCCAAAUACGGAGAUGUUUAAGGCACAUAAGCCUUUCUAAGUAACACUGGAAUUCCCUUUUACCUUUGAUGUUUUUUCUCCAAUGAAUUGGCUGAAAAACUAAAGAAAUGCACCUGCUAUCCAAAGCUGUAUGUCCAUAAUGUAUUAUUUUCACAUUUCUGUCUCUUCGCUGUGCAUUAGUUUCUGUUUCUGGUUAGGCCUAAGUUUAGUUUUUUUCAAAUGAGAAAAUAAAUUCUUUUUUCUAUGA